AUGAACAAUGCUGGUGUUCAAUUGGCGAUUCCUAUUGAAUGUCUUUCUUUGGAAAGCAUUGAAAACAUGUAUAAUACAAACGUCUUUGGAGUACUGCGCAUGAUUCGAGGUGUUCUCCCGUCAAUGAAGAAACAUAGAAAAGGUCGAAUUGUCAACAUCAGCUCAAUUACUGGAUUAAGUGCUUUUCCUUUCAACACUGUGUAUUGUUCAACAAAGUAUGCUAUGGAAGGAAUAACGGAAUCUCUGGCGCCUGAGCUUGCAUCAUUCAAUAUUCAUGUGAUUGCUGUCGAACCUGGUCCCGUUCUCACGCCAUUAAUGAAAAAUCAUGGCAAGAAUAUUGAAAAUAUAUCAAUAGACGACGCAACAAAAAUACUUCUGAAUAAAUUUGACGUCAAUUUAAGUAAGAUUAAAAGUGCGUGCAUGAUGCCUGAUGAGUGUGCUGAGCAUAUCAAAAAAGCUAUUAUUGACGAAAACCCACAACCUCAUUACAUGAUUUGCAAAGAUUUCGAAGAAAUCCUUAAAGCAAAAUACUGUGAUCUUACUGGUAGAAUUUCAUUCGAAAAUAGCAAGAAGUUGUUAGAAUAGUUGACAUUUUUAUUUACAAUUUGCAUUGUGGUAUAUUGAUAGAUUUUCUUUUUAAUUUAAUAAAACAGAAACAAUUAA